AUGGACGAGUCUACACCCCUUCUUCAGAACCAGUUGCAUUCUCUGCCACAAAAGCGGCUUUUGGUCAUAUUUCCAGCUCUGGCGCUCAUACAAUUUACAUCCUUCCUUGAUCAAACGUCCAUAUCCACAAGUCUGCCCGCUAUAGCAUCCGCGCUCAGUACCGGAGCCUCCAUAUCCCUAGUCGGGGCCUGUUUCCUCAUCACUAGCACCAGCAUACAGCUGAUCAAUGGAAGACUAUCGGACAUUUGGGGCCGCAAGACCUCGCUGGUUGCGGCCCUUGCGAUAAUGGGGGGCGGCAACCUUGUCUCGGGCUUUUGUGAGACGCCGCUCCAACUAUUUGCCGCCAGGGCAUUCACCGGCUUUGGCGCCGGGGCCAUCAAUGCGCUUGUCCAGAUUGCCAUUGCGGAUAUCACGACGUUGGAGCAGCGUGGAUAUUACUUCGGCAUGGUUGGUGCCGCCACCGCGCUCGGUAAUGGGCUUGGUCCUGUCAUUGGGGGAGCCCUCACGCAGAUGGCUGGAUGGCAGUGGGCCUUCUGGUUUGUCUGUCCCUUGUGCGCCAUGGCCGUGUAUUAUCUCGUGUCGGUGUGGCCGACGUCUUCUUCCUCCCAUGCCAAGGGCCGGAUCUAG